GCGGAUGCUGUGGCAUCUAGCUACUCCUAUACCACUUUUCGUUGCUAUUCUGACUUGUUACUGAUGAUUUCCUCUUCAUUCUGACCCUUAACUCCCUUUUCCUAUCUUGCUUCUACCUACGCCCGAGUCCCUGCCACCGCAAACAUGGCGCGUCUGGGCCGCGUAGGGUUCCUCACCCUCGCGGUGGUCUUCCACCUCAUAUACGCCUAUUCGAUCUUCGACAUUUACUUCGUCAGUCCGAUCGUGAGCGGAAUGAAGUCUUUCCCUGUAGAACGGAACCCGGGUGCUUCUGCCCCCGCUAAAAGACUCGUUCUAUUCGUGGCCGACGGCCUGCGCGCCGAUAAGGCCUUUCAAGCAUUGCCCGACCCCGACGAGACUGCAAAUGACGACGGUGAACCUAUAUACCUGGCGCCAUUUAUCCGAUCCCGCGUCCUCUCUCACGGUACUUUUGGCAUUUCUCACACUCGCGUACCAACCGAAUCGCGACCGGGUCACGUUGCGCUUAUUGCGGGGUUGUAUGAGGACGUUUCGGCGGUGACAACAGGCUGGAAGCUGAAUCCCGUGAAUUUCGACAGCGUUUUCAAUCGGAGCAGACAUACAUGGAGCUGGGGAAGUCCGGAUAUCCUGCCUAUGUUCAAAGAAGGCGCGGUUCCGGGUAGAGUGGAUGCGGACGCAUACGGAGAGGAGGCGGAGGACUUUACGUCAGAUGCGACCAAGCUUGAUACCUGGGUCUUCGACAGAGUGAAGGAACUCUUUCAGACCGCAAAACAUGAUCCCGAACUCGAUGCCAAGCUGCGUGAUGAUAAGCUUGUUUUCUUCCUGCACCUUCUCGGACUUGACACGACUGGUCAUUCCUACCGCCCGUACUCGAAGGAGUACUUGAGUAACAUCAAGUUGGUGGACAAGGGUGUGCAGGAAAUUACGCAGGUUGUAGAAGAGUUCUACGGAGACGAACAGACAGCAUUUGUUUUCACCGCCGAUCAUGGCAUGAGUGAUUGGGGCAGCCAUGGAGACGGUCACCCUGAUAACACCCGAACACCUCUUGUUGUAUGGGGUUCUGGCGUCGCAGGGCCAAAGAUACCGCAGGAAAGUGGCCUGUCCGGACAUGAAGAUGGUGUGUCGCAUGAUUGGGGCUUGCACGGUGUCCAGCGGAACGAUGUUGCGCAGGCUGAUGUCGCAGCGCUCAUGGCCUAUCUUGCUGGGCUCGACUUUCCCACUAAUUCAGUGGGCCAGUUGCCUCUCCCUUACCUCAACGCCAGCCCGGAGGAGAAGGCUCGUGCUACACUUGCGAACACUCAGGAAGUUUUGGAAAUGUAUAACGUGAAGGAAGAACAGAAAAAGGCCGUUCUUCUACGAUACAAACCCUACGAGCCUCUCGACAAUCACAGCGAGACUAUCGAUGAAAUCCAGAGACUGAUUGCGAGUGGUGCCUAUGAGAAGUCGAUCGAAUUGUCGGCCUCUCUCUUCGCCGCAGCAUUAGAGGGUCUGCGCUAUUUACAGACAUAUGAUUGGCUUUUCCUUCGAACUAUUGUCACAUUUGGAUACCUGGGCUGGAUUGCUUAUGCGUUGACGACAGUUAUCGAUCUGCACGUCUUGCAUGGUACUUCAGACGCCAGAAGAACUGUUUUCAGCACAACGUUUUUCUCCGGUGUAUUGAUGGCCAUGUUCUCUGUCUUCUUUUAUCAGAAGUCUUCGUGGCGCUAUUAUUUCUACGGUCUCUUUCCGGUCUUCUUCUGGGAAGAGGUCUUUGCGCGCAGAAAAGCUCUUUCCGCUGGACGUGAAAUCCUCCUAGGUCAUGUUCAAUCGGCAACCGGGUAUACCACAUUCGGUAUCCAGCUGCUGUUGUUCGUUGGAGUGCUGGAGGCAUUGGUCCAAUCGUACUUUCAACGAGAGAUUCUCACGAUUUGCUUCAUUCUAGGAGCUUUUUGGCCCCUGGUAUACGGCUUGGGCUUCUUGAAAAAGCAUCCGCUGUUGUCCGCUUCGUGGAUUGUUGGGUGUCUUCUCAUGAGUACUUUCACUUUGCUACCUGCAAACAAAGUGGAGGACAUAAACACCAUAACUUACGGCGGCCUCUUGAUGUUCUUCACGGGUCUACUAUACCUGUUAUUUGAAGAUUCAAUUUUGGGUCAUGACCAAGGCUCAGAUAGGCCAUCCAGCAGUCGCUCCAGCCGGGGCUCACGCACUAUACUAGGCAUGCAGCUGGGCAAGGUCCUGCUUGCUAUUAUAGUUACCAGAUCAAGUGCGGCGUCCCUCCAGGCUAAACAAGGUCUUCCAUUCGGCAAUCAAGUUGUUGGUUGGGUUGUACUUGUUGCAUCACUUCUGUUUCCUUUUGUUCACAGAUUAGCCCCCAACAACCACUAUAUGCACCGAUUAAUGGUCCUCUUUUUGACGUUCUCCCCGACAUUCAUCAUCCUCACAAUUUCCUACGAAGGCCUCUUUUACUUCGUGUUCUGCAUGACCAUCAUGACCUGGGUACGGCUUGAGCAUGCGAUCUUCACCUAUACAUCGACUACCAAGAAAGAGGCUUUGGUCGCCGAGAAGUCUAGCACGGAUGCCACGACUGUUGUCGAAGGCCACACGUACCGCUACCGGACUUUGAGUGUGUCUGAUGCUCGCGUGGCCCUUUUCUUCUUCUUUCUCCUCCAAUCGGGAUUCUUCAGCACGGGAAACAUCGCGUCUGUCUCGUCGUUCUCCCUGGACAGUGUCUACCGGCUUAUUCCGGUCUUCAGUCCCUUCAGCCAGGGCGCGCUCCUGAUUCUGAAAAUUCUCAUCCCCUUUGCGAUCAUCAGUGCCAAUCUCGGCAUCCUCAAUCGGCGACUGGAGGUCGCCCCUAGUGCCCUGUUCAUGGUCGUGAUGUCCAUCUCGGACAUCAUGACGCUGAACUUCUUCUACAUGGUCCGCGACGAGGGCUCGUGGUUGGACAUCGGCACGACAAUCAGUCACUUUCUGAUUGCCAGCUUCCUGUGUACCUUUGUGGCGGGCCUAGAAUUCCUCAGUGAGGUAUUUAUCAGCGGAGUCGACUUUGGUCCCCGCGCCAAGCGGAUCGCCGCGUCUGUCGCCGACGCCAUCAAUGGCAAGGUGCCAGAAAAGGUCCCCAACCGACAGGACUAAGCACGCACCUAACAUUCACCUGCCUACAUAGAGGAUUGUCUUGAGACAAGUGGAAAGAUGUAAUGAGC